CCCUUAACUUUGGGGUCUUUUAAAUUCUAGUCCCUUCACUUAGCUUUUCGCUUCUUUAAUUUUUUUGUUUGGUCGACGACACCGACAGAAUCCAAUUUGGGGAUAAACUAUAAACCCUAAAUCCCAGAAGGAAAGAUGAAAGCUGCAGCUUUUCCCGCUAGAAUCGCAAAUCUCAGCUACCCUUACGGCUGUUGCGCACAAUUCUUUCGAUCGCCGGCGACGUUUUUGUCUCCGGCAUUACCUUACUCGAGAACAGCUCCUUGUCGGAAGCUAGCGAGAGGAAUAAGAGGUGUUGGAGGCUUGAUGUCCCAGUCUUUGUUAUCAUCUUCACAGUCAUUGUCCUCCCAACCGGAAUCAGAGUUGCUUCAAGCUUUACCUUCUUCGAAGCCAAAGCCUCCGCCACCACAGCUGCCAUGGCUCGUUGUGGGUUUGGGUAAUCCCGGGAAGAAGUACCAGGGCACUCGCCAUAACGUUGGUUUUGAGAUGGUUGAUGCUUUGGCUGAUGCUGAAGGGAUAUCUAUGAACACCGUUAACUUCAAGGCCUUGUUUGGGAAAGGUGUUAUUGGUAAUAUACCAAUUAUGCUAGCUAAACCUCAAACUUUCAUGAACCUAAGUGGUGAGUCUGUUGGACAAAUUGUUUCCUUUUACAAGAUCCCGCUAAAGCAAGUCCUUGUGAUAUACGAUGAUUUAGAUUUGCCCUUUGGUAAACUACGUUUAUUGCCAAAAGGUGGUCACGGAGGGCACAAUGGGAUGAGAAGCAUUAUAGAUCGCCUCAAAGGUAGCCGUGAUUUUCCUCGUCUAAGAAUAGGGAUCGGACGGCCUCCAGGGAAGAUGGAUACAGCCAACUUUGUUCUUCGCCAGUUCAGUAGACAAGAACAGGGAGAGCUGGAUUAUACAUUUCAAACCGGGAUAGAAGCAAUAAGGAUUCUUUUGCUCGAGGGGAUCAACAAAAGUGCAACUUUUGUCAACACUCAAAAAUCUAUGGAGCAACUUAGCUAAAAAAGACAUUGUUUACAUUCAUUACAUACAACAACUGCAGAGUCGAUUCAUUAUUAAUAUACACUUUCGUUCCAUACAUAUUGUUGAAUCCUUUUUGAGCAAAUUGUAUAUUAGAAGAAAACCAGAUUAUUCAUUUAUCAUAAUUGCUCUUGAUUUUAAUAAAAGCUUAUGCAACU